GGCGGUUAGAGUGGCACUUAUAUUACUGACAGUUAUUUAUUUCCUCAUAUUCAUAGGGAGCGCGUGUGUUUCAGUCUCUGUAGGGACCAUACAGAUAAUAUGGAAUGGUAGAUGCAUUCUAUUUGCCUCUGGGGAGUGGACAGGUUUAGUAUUUGGAUUCACCUCCGAAACGUACGCCCACACGCCUUGUAAUUUUGUCUCCAUUGCGUGCGCUCUGAUCUCUUUCCAUGCGUUGAUCAUGUUUAUCUAUUGCAUGUAUACGUUGCGGGCCAAAAGCAGACAGGGGAAGGACAUCUUGAACCUGGCACCGACUGUGUUUAGCAUAUUUUCAACAACACUGAUGUUAGCUUGUGCGAUUGUUAUCAGCGCGGGACUAGCUAUGUUCUGUGAAGACAUCACCUCCAAAGGGAAGAUCACGACGUGCCGUGAUGCUCAAACACAUAUCAAAUGGAUUGACGUGGAUGGGUCUAAUUUCUAUGAUAUAAUGAACUUCGCCCAGACCUCAAGUCGUCAAGACAGUAAGAUUUGGCUACGCUUACUGAAUCUGAAGACCGGCUUUGAUACCGACGUAACUGGCGAGGUAGCAGGAAAGAUAUCAAGGAUUCAUUCAUAAGUAUGAGAUUGAAAUGUGAAUUCUAGGGCAGGUCGAGUUACACAUCAAUCUCUUCCAACGGUGGAAGGACAGAACAUAGGAAGAAUAGACCUCUGUGCAUGCCACAAAUAUUGAAGAUAAGAAUAAAAUUCUCCUUAAACUUUCCUCGAGCAAAACUAGUACGGCUAGCAAGAAAGCUACCAAAAUAAGAUGCAGGACUCCGUACAUUUACAUCACAUAAAUAUUCAAGACUAUGUGUUUACAAUGUGUUAUCCAAGAUACUUAUAUAUCCGUGCACAGGCUUCACGCUAGAAGGUCAUGUUUAAAGGGGCUGGGUCAUGCAUCGCCAGUUGAAUUUUAGUAUCACAUGCUUUAACCGCGUGUGUGUAUUGUCAAUGAAUGAGAAAAAAGAGAGACAAAGAGAGAGAUCUUAAUUGCAACGAUGUUUCUAUAGGUUGUGCAUAACUUUUGGCGCCAAAAUUUUCUAUAAAUAGGUAAAGAAAUCUGGACAUAUACAUGUAGGCCUACGUUGCUAGGGAUAGUUGCUCUGGAAUCUUAUAUUCGUCACAUGUUUCCGUGAUGUUUUAAUGUUUGCCCAACAUAUUAAGACACAGUGGGACCAGACUAAUAGCUGGUGGUAUGAAGCUUGAUUCAUGUAUUUUUAUGUAUCCUAUGCAAUAGGGUCCAAGACUAUGUUGUGGACGUUUUUAUAUGUAAGUGAAUGAAAUGUGGUGCAUGUAAACUUCAAAAUUCUAUUCCUCAAGAAAAUCAGUAACUUCACAGAAUACGACAGAUUCAUGCUUAAUAUCCUGGCAUUUUCACUUAAAACUAAAGUGUGUACAUCAUUUUCAAGAGUAAUUUCAUUACUUAAAACAUGCCUCAAAACUGAAGAACGUCGAUAAUUGCUUUUUAAAUUCGCAAUAUAAAGCAGGUUAAUAUCUCAAGCAAUUGAAUUUAGGCAUAGUAGCUCUGUCGCACAUUAUUGCCACUCAAGUGAUUAAGGAAACAUUUUUUUCUGUAACCACUGGCUUUUGUCAUGGGGAUGAUCAA